AUGACAUCCAUAAUUAAAUUUGAACCUUUAUCUGGGGUUUAUGAUGAAUCACCUCUUGCAUAUUUAUUACAAAUAGAUGAAUUUACGUUUCUUCUAGACUGUGGUUGGGAUGAAAAUUUUAAUUUAAAUCAUAUAAAAAAUAUAAAGAAAUAUAUUCAUCAAAUUGAUGCAGUUUUACUAUCAUACCCUGACCUGUAUCAUUUGGGAGCUUUGCCUUAUUUGGUGGGUAAAUGUGGCUUAUUAGCUCCUAUUUAUGCAACUAUACCUGUUUAUAAAAUGGGUCAAAUGUUUAUGUAUGAUAUAUAUCAAUCAAGGUAUAAUAAUGAAAAUUUUGAUGUCUUUUCACUUGAUGAUGUGGAUACAGCUUUUGAUCGUAUUACUCAACUUAAAUUUUCACAGACAGUUGGACUUAAGAGUAAGGGUCAUGGUUUACAAAUAACUCCCAUUUCUGCUGGACAUAUGAUUGGGGGGACUAUAUGGAAAAUAGUCAAAGAUGGAGAAGAAGAAAUUAUAUAUGCAGUUGACUUUAAUCACAAAAAAGAACGUCAUUUAAACGGUUGCCAAAUCUUGGAAAGUCUAUCUAGCCGCCAAAAUAUUAAAGGUAUUGGCAGCAGCACUUUAUCCACUGACAAACCAUGCAGCUUGCUUAUAACGGACACAAUAAAUGCACUCUACGAACAAAGCAGGCGACGGGUAAGGGACGAAGCCUUAGUGACAAAAAUACUUCACACGCUCAGAAGUCAAGGCGGGAACGUUCUUUUACCCAUAGAUACAGCUGGUCGGGUUUUGGAAAUCGCUCAUCUAUUGGAUCAACUAUGGCGUAAUCCCGAUUCAGGGUUUGGUUCAUAUCCCCUUGUCCUCUUGAACAACGUUAGUUAUAAUGUAGUCGCCUUUGCUCAGUCGCAAAUAGAAUGGAUGAGCGAAAAAAUUUCAAAAUCCUUGGUCAUCAAUAGUGAUGGAAAUAUAAAUUCUUCUUCCAGCCCAGAUUUUCACAAUUCCAUGAAUCAAUCUCCUUUCCAUUUCAAGCAUUUGCUACUCUGCCAUAGCCUGUCAGAACUCGAUAAAAUACCUGACCCUAAAGUGGUGUUAGCCUCUAGCCCAGCCUUGGACAGCGGAUUUUCAAGAGAUCUUUUUUUGGAAUGGUGUGGAAACUCUAAAAAUUCUGUUAUUCUAACCGUCAGAACGACCCCUGGCACUCUGGCUAGAACCUUGAUCGAUGAUCACACUGGUUCUAUUAAGACGAUAACGCUGGAAGUUAAGAAACGCGUUAAAUUAGAGGGAGAAGAGCUCGUAGAAUACAUAAAAAAGAAAAGGUAUAAUAAUCAUAAUCAUCUCAACCCAAUACACCCCUGGAGAAAACAAAAGAAACGAUUAUCUACAGAAGCUACAGAAGAACUAACCAGCACGGAGAUCGACAAAAAACCGGAAGAGAAGGCUUCGAAAAAAUUAUCCGAUUCUGAUUUCUCUACUGGUAGCGAUGAUUCGGAACUUUCUAGCACAUCCUCAAGUUCUGAUGACUACGAAAGUCUAACUCGCGACGAUAGUAAUAAAUCGUUUAGCUCCAAGAAAACUAAAUCACGACAGAGAUUACCAUACGAUACUUACAUAAAAGACGAUGUUUACAUUGACGAAUUACAAAUAACCGAUUUUAAGAGAUAUCGAAAACGAUUGGUCAUGUUUCCUUAUGUCGAACACAAAGUUAAAUGGGACGAUUAUGGGGAACCAAUAGAUCCAAACGACUUUAAUUUAUUCGAGAAAAUGAGCAUAGCAGACGAUAACACCAAUAAAGUUGAAAACAAUGAUGCCACUAAAAAAGAAAAUGAGAACAAUAAAUCUCCCAACGACGUUAAAAAUUUUACCUUUUCCGAACCUACAAAAUGUAUUUCGACCCCGAGAACCUUAAAUAUUCGAGCGUCAAUCACUUUCAUUGAUUUCGAAGGCAAGUCCGAUGGCGAAUCCUAUAAAAAAAUCAUAUCUCAAAUUAAGCCCAAACAAUUGAUAUUGGUACACGGUCCUGAACACGCCACGAUGGUUAUGGCAGAUUACUUUAAAAAUCAUCCUUCAUUAGGUAUACCUAAGAAUAAAAUAUUUUGUCCAAAAUUAAACGAGGUGCUUAACGCUACGCUAGAAUCUCGGAUAUUUAAAGUAAAAAUGAAGGAUUCGCUCACUAGUACUUUUCGAUUUUCCAGAUAUAAAGGCAUCGAAUUGUCUAAAUUAGACUCUAGCGUUGUGUAUGAGCAAGAUGAACAUGAUAUCGAAAAAGAUGGCGACAAUCGGAUUCCUUGUUUAGAUGCUCCCAACCCUGAAUCUACUGAAAAUAACGAUGGGAACGUGAAGACCGGAACCCAUUUUAUUGGUGAUAUUAAGUUGACCGAUCUUAAACAAAUAUUGAUUUCUUCUGGACUUCAACAAGUCGAAUUUAUAGGACCAGUAUUGGUCUGCAACGAGUUAAUCGCUAUCAGAAAGAAUGAAGCAGGAAAAUUAACUUUCGAAGGACCUAUAUGCAAAGAUUAUUUUAAAAUAAGGGAUAUUUUUUAUCAACAAUUCGCAAUUUUAUAAGUUAUAUAAAUAACAUUUUGUACAUAGUGUAUAAUAUAUAUAUAUAAUUCGGCACGAAUAUGAAUAAAUAGAAGAAUAUCAUCUUUUGACUGACUUUCAAAUUUAAUUUAUAAAUUGCUGAUUAAUAUUUCUAUAUUU